AUGUCUCACGACGCCAUUAUGAACGCCCUUCAAUCCAAACUCGAUGCCCAAUCCUCAUCCCUUAGUGCUCUUCUCCAAUCCUCCCUUGACGCACACUCAGAUUCCAUUCACAACACACUUCAUCAACACCUUCUGGAAGUAGAUUCUAAGGUUGCGCAUCUCCGUACUGCAUCACCUUCAUCCGUUACUAGCUCUAUCUCACGUUCGCUCAAGUUAUCGGUUCCCAGAUUUGAUGGUUCGAAUGCUUCCGAUUGGCUUUUUCAGAUUGAAGCGUUUUUCAAUUUCCACGACACACCGGAAGCUUCGCGUCUCCAAAUCGUUUCAUUUCAUUUGGAAGGUCGUGCAGCUGGUUGGUUUCAGUGGGCUACGCGCAACAACUUGUUCACCUCGUGGCAAGCGUUUCUCACAUCCGUUCGCCACCGCUUCGGUCCGACGGCGUAUGAAGAUGUUGAAGGUGAGCUUUCCAAACUAUCACAAACGGGUUCAGUUGCUGAUUUCCAAGCUCAAUUUGAGGAUCUCAUGAACAAGGUUAACGGUAUCUCAGAACCACUUUUAAUUAGUUUUUUCAUUACCGACUUGAAACAAACUCUCCGUCGUGAGCUGCAAUUUCACCGUCCCCCAACGUUGAUGGAAGCCUUUGCUAUGGCUCGUGCGUAUGAGGCGCGUUUGGGUGACAAUCCUCCGUACUCCAAAAAUUGGACCCAGAUUCGUGAUCGCCGUUCUAAAGGCCUUUGUUUCAAGUGUGACGAAAAAUGGAAUCCAUCUCAUCGUUGUCGUAGCAAAGUUCUCUUGCUACUUGGUGUUGAUGAUGAUGAACAUGAUAUUGAUAUUGAGGAAGCUUCUCAUGAGGAUGUGUCCGGGGACAUAUCAAGCCUUAACGCCCUCUCUAGUCAGCUCCAAGGCCGUUCUCUACGCGUUUCAGGUGCGUACGGUAACCACCAAUUUCACACUCUAAUCGACAGCGGCAGCACACAUAAUUUUAUUAAUCCGGCGUUGGUGGAACGGUUAGGCCUUCCAAUGACUCCUUGCCCGCGUUUCCGGGUGGCUACGGGUUGUGGCUCCUCUUUAUUAUGUCAAUAUUGUUGCCCUAAUGUACCUUUACUCCUGCAAGGUAUUACGUUUCCAGUUGAUCUUUUUGUGCUUGCAAUUGAAGGCCCUGACGUGGUGUUAGGCUUUCCAUGGCUUCAAUUAUUGGGGAAAGUUGCUCAUGACUACUCUGCUUUGACAAUGGAAUUUCUAUGGGAAGGUCAACCAGUCACUCUUCGCGGUGACUCCUCAGUCCACUCUCACUCGGUGUCUUUACUCCAAUUCCAGUCCCUGGUUCAUAGCGACACAGUUGCAGGUAUCUUCACCAUUACACCAUGCCCUGAAACUUCAACUAAAAUAGACCCACCACAAUUUCCCCAAUCCCUCCCUGAACCCGUGUUAACCAUACUGCAACGUUUUCGGCAUCUUUUUGUCGCUCCGACUGGUUUACCACCUCACCGUUCUAUUGACCAUCGCAUUCAUUUGGUUGAGGGCACCAACCCAAUCAAUCCCUUUCUCUUCCCGGUUUUGUUGGUUCGCAAAAAAGAUGGAUCAUGGCGAUUUUGCGUUGAUUAUCGCGCCUUGAACGCUGCUACCGUUAAGGACAAAUUCCCCAUCCCUACCAUUGAUGAAUUGUUGGACGAGCUUAGGGGUGCUACCAUUUUCAGUAAGUUGGACCUUCGUGCGGGAUACCAUCAAAUACGGGUGCACCCGCGCGAUACAUACAAGACUGCUUUUCGCACACAUGAGGGGCAUUUUGAGUUCCUCGUCAUGCCGUUCGGUCUCACCAAUGCACCCUCAACAUUCCAAGCAACGAUGAAUCGGUUGUUUUCGCAGUUUUUGCGACGGUUUGUCAUUGUUUUCUUUGACGAUAUUUUGGUGUAUAGCAGUUCUCUUGCUGAUCACUUGCAGCAUCUGGAGCUAGUUUUGAAUUGUUUAUUCACUAACUCAUUUUAUGUCAAGCUCUCCAAAUGCUUGUUUUGUCAAGAAUCAAUAGACUAUUUAGGCCACAUUGUGUCAUCUCAGGGAGUACAUGCUGACCCUGCCAAGUUAAAGGCUAUGGUCAAGUGGCCUAUUCCUUCCUGCAUCAAACAGCUUCGUGGUUUUUUAGGCCUCACAGGGUAUUAUCGCCGCUUUAUUGCCAAUUACGCUAGCAUUGCAACACCGCUUACUGACCUUCUUCGUCACGAUGCCUUUGUUUGGUCCUCUGAGGCAGCUUCAGCAUUCACUACAUUGAAGCAAGCUAUGAUGGCAGCACCGGUUUUGAAACUUCCAGACUUUGACAAAGAGUUUAUUAUCGAGACUGAUGCUUCACAGUGUGGAAUUGGUGCAGUACUUAUGCAAGAGGGCCACCCGAUUGCUUUUUUUAGCAAAAAAUUGGGACCCAAGAUGCAGGCUGCUUCAGUAUACAUCAAAGAACUUCAUGCGAUUACGGAGUCUGUGUUGAAAUGGAGACAAUACUUAUUGGGCCAUUUUUUUGUAAUUCGGACAGAUCACAAAAGUAUUCGGGAACUCCUACAACAAGUCAUUUAGACGCCAGAUCAACAAGCAUAUGUUCGCAAGUUAUUGGGCUUUCAUUUCCGCAUUGAAUAUAAACCGGGUGUGUCAAAUAGGGUCGCCGAUGCUUUGUCCCGCGUUCCAACAGAGUGGGAUUUGGAACCUACCCCUACUCUAACCAUGUUUUGUGCAUUGGUGUCUACUCCCACAUUCUCAAUUUUACAGCAACUGCAACUUGCGAAUCAAACAGAGGUUUUUUUCUUGGAAUUGCAUGAGAAACACAAACAGGGACUCCUUCCUCAUCCAUAUUCUGUGGUAAAUGGGGUUAUCCUUCACAAGGGAAGAUAUGUUCUGAGCCCCACCUCGGCAUUAUGUAAUCAAGUUCUGACGGAAUUUCAUGACACACCAAGUGGCGGUCACGCCGGGGUUAAACGCACCUUGGUUCGUGUUGCUGCAAAUUUCUUUUGGCCUAAGAUGCGCCAAGCAGUCGAAGCAUUUGUGGCCUCUUGUCUCACUUGCCGGCAGAUCAAAUACUCCACACAAGUUCCAAAGGGUCUGUUGCAACCGCUCCCGAUUCCAGAAUCAGUUUGGGAGGAUGUCACCAUGGACUUCAUCACCGGCCUCCCCGUCUCUCAAGGUUCCACCGUUAUCUUAGUUGUUGUGGAUCGAUUGUCAAAAUCCGCCCAUUUUGGCGCUCUUCCUACUGCCUUUACAGCAUCUCGAGUUGCCGAUUUGUUUAUUUCCAUUAUCGUCAAGCAUCAUGGCUUCCCCCGCUCCAUCAUCUCAGAUCGUGACCCUGUCUUUCUCAGCUCGUUUUGGAAGAACUUAUUUGAAAUGAGUGGCACCAAAUUGUCCAUGAGUAGUGCCUACCACCCACAAACUGAUGGACAGUCUGAGGUGAUUAAUCGCACACUGGAGCAAUAUCUUCGCGCCUUCACACAACAGAAACCAAAUACUUGGGUGAGUUUCUUGCCAUGGGCGGAGUUUACUUACAAUACCAGUCACCACAGUGGACUAAAAAUGUCCCCGUUCCAGGCACUGUAUGGGCGUAAACCUCCUUCUAUCCCUCUAUACACUCGAGGUUCAUCUACACUUCCCGCGGUUGAUGACGCUUUAAUGGAUCGCGAUGAGCUUCUCCGUCUGCUCAAGACCAAUUUAUUGGCAGCACAGCACCGUAUGAUCCAACAAGCUAAUAACCACCGCCGCGACCUCCAACUCUCUGUCGGCGAUUUGGUUCUUGUCCGCUUACAGCCAUACCGCCAAAAUUCUGUCCGCCGUCGCCGCCAACACAAAUUAUCCAAGAAAUAUUACGGUCCUUUUUCUAUCAUUGAUCGUAUUGGUCAGGUUGCAUAUCGACUCUAGUUACCGGAAGGUAGUCGCAUUCAUCCGGUAUUCCACAUUUCAAAUUUGAAGCCGUAUCGAGGACCAACUAUCACUCCGUCGCGCGAUUUGCCUGAGGAGAGUUUUACAAAUCAGCCGGUGGAGACACCUUUAGCAAUUGUUGCCACUCGCACUGUGUUAGUAAACGGGUCUCCACUGCAGCAGGUGCUGGUACAGUGGGCAGGUUGCUCACCUGAUGAAGCAUCAUGGGAAGAUUGGGAUCCGUUCCGCAAGGUUUUUCCGUCUCUGCACCUUGAGGACAAGGUGAUGUUUGAAGGAGGGAGGAAUGAUACACCCCCCAUAAGCCCAACCCAAAACAGUGUCCCAAGGCCCAAUGAAAAUGAGUCAGAUGAUGAGGUAGUCCAGGAAUUGGGAAAGAGACAGCCCAAAAAGCCAGCAUGGAUGGAGGAUUACGUGUGCGGCUGAAGGAUCUAGAAUAGUGUUAUUCCUUUUAAUUUCAUUUCUGUUAUGCUUUUGUCUUUUCCUGAAAUCGUGUUGGGUUGUUAGAGUUUGUUAACACCCACUCUCCUUUUUAUAGCUGUACUGGAGAACCAUUUGGUCAUGAGGAAUAUUAAGAAGAUUUCUCCCCUUCA